AUGCUCAAUUCUACCAUGCAGAUGGAAUUUCUCCUGAUGUUUUUUUCUAAUGUGUGGGAGCUACGUGUUUUGUAUGCUUUAUCGUUCUCUCUGAUAUAUUUGAUAACUGUCAUUGGGAAUUUUCUCAUUGUUAUCAUCACCACUCUGGACAAGAGUCUUCACACCCCCAUGUACUUCUUUCUCAGGAAUCUGUCCAUCUUAGAUGCAUGUUACAUUUCUGUAACAGUCCCUAAUUCAUGCGUCAACUCCCUGCUUGACAGCAGUGCCAUUUCAAAGGCAGGAUGUGUAGCUCAGGUCUUCCUAGUGGUUUUCUUUCUAUAUGUGGAGCUGCUCUUUCUCACUAUCAUGGCCCAUGACCGCUAUGUGGCUAUCUGCCAGCCUCUGCACUACUCUGUGAUCAUGAACCCGUGGGUCUGUGCACAGACGACACUGGCUUCCAUCCUCAGUGGUCUGGUCUACUCAGGAUUCCACACAGGCUACACCUUCAGACUGCCCUUUUGUGAUUCUAAUGUUAUUCAUCAGUUUUUCUGUGACAUCCCUUCUCUGUUGAAGCUCUCCUGCUCUGACAUCUUUAGCAAUGAGAUGACACUCCUUGCUUCUGGUGUGGUAAUUUGUGGAGGUUGUUUCAUCUUCAUCAUCACAUCUUAUAUUCACAUAUUUUCUGCUGUGCUGAAAUUUCCACGUGGUGCAGACAGAACAAAAGCUUUUUCUACUUGCAUCCCUCAUAUCCUCGUGGUGUCGAUCUUCCCCAGCUCAAUCUUCUAUGUGUAUCUAAAGCCAUCUACAAUCUCUGCAACCAUCCAGGAUGUGAUCCUUUCUGUGUUCUAUACCAUACUCCCACCACUCCUCAACCCAGUUAUCUAUAGUCUUAGAAAUGAGCAAAUAAAAUGUGCCAUCAAGAAAAUAAUGAAAAAAAUAAUAAUCUGGUAA